CUUUAAAAUGGUCAACGAAGCUUAGUUUCUCAUUGACGAGUUUCUGUAAGGACUCUACGAACUGACUUAGACUACCUGCUUAUAGCUAGCAUGCAAGCAUGUCCAAGUCAUUUGAUUCAUUUAGUGAAAGAAAUGCACUUCAAGAAGAUGAGGAGAAACUUCAAGUCGCUCUCCAAACGUUUGACGAAGCCUGGGACGAAGAAGACUAUUCAGAUGAAGAUGAAGAACAGCUACUAAUCGAUCUUGAAAAUGAUGCUUCUGAGCAUACAGGUGACAGGUCAACAUCACCCAGCUUUGCUGAAUCAAGUUCUGUCGCGGCAAAUAUUGCUGAAGGGGAUGAGGAGAGUGGAGAUGUGGGACCUCGGCCAAGUAUUCCUCUUCCGUCGGAGCCAAAUGUGGCUGCUGAGAUAAGUGGGCCAGAGAAGGUGCUGGCUUUGAACCGGGCUCUGCAGGGAAUUCUAGAAGACCAUAUUGAAACUAUAUCGGGCGCCUUGCAGCAAAACAGGCAGAAACAGGCGGAGCUGGAGGAGGAGAUGUCCACCGACGACCCGAAGAGAAAGUUGGCGAAAGGUUCGAGUAUUGGUCCCUUCAGAGCUCCCUACUUCAGGACUGAUGUUUCUUACCCUCCGGUCAACGAAGAUGUUACUCUCAAGAGAAUGUCCCAGGAACAGAGGAUCAAUCCUGUCAGAGACCAUGUGUCAUUCAAAAAGAGGUCAAGAGAAGUCUUGAAGAAAGCUGUGCUGGAGGAUACUCUGGAGCAGUUGUUGAGACCUUUGUUGAUGAAACUGGAGGCUGAGGUGAAGAAGAAAGAGGAGGUACAAGACACGGUGACCCCUCUCCAGGAGCAACUGCAGGAGCAGGAGGAAAGACUGACGGAGUUGAAGAACGAGGGGCUGCUCAAGGAGGGUGAGGCAAGGAUGGAGUUGCACUCGUCCAUCACAGAGCUGAGGGACAAGUGUGAGGAUAGACAAGCAAUGGUGGAUGAACACAGCAGAAGAAUUGAAGAAAUAGAGGAAGAGCUGAGAGUGAAAAAGAGCAUCCCUCCCGAAGAAUUGCUCGCCAAUGUCGACCCAGAAAAAGUGGACUGGAUGAAAAUUUCAAAAAUGAAGUUUGGCGGUAGCACAUCAUGGCUGGACUGCCAGAAGGCAUGGGAGAACGUGGUGGCGACCAAAGUGAACACCUCGGGCUGGAAAAAGCCGGAGGAAAACGAGCUGAAGAAACUGGUGGCUGAAUCUGAGGACAAGGACUGGAAGAUGAUUGCGCAACAGCUCGGGACAGGGCGAACGGCAUUCCAGUGUUUCAGUCAUUUCCAAAGUUAUCUGAAUCCAGAAAUGAAGUCCAGGAGAUGGACGAUAGAGGAGGACCUAAAGCUGUGCAGUGUUGCCAAUAAAAUUCAAGCUUGCUAUGGAUUUUUCAGUUGGAAGAAAGUGUCAGCCUUGAUGGAUUCACGCAGCCCUUCGGACUGCAUGCUCAGGUUCUCCAAGGUCGACCCGGGGCAGAGCCACGGCCGCUGGGCCCCACAAGAGGACGCCAGGCUGAUAGCUGCCGUGGAGAUGCUGGGCCCCAGCUGGUCGAAAGUGGCCAAGUUUUUGGGCACCAGAAACAUGUUCCAGUGCAGGGACAGAUAUAUAAAUGCCUUAGAACCAAACCUCAACUUGACCCAUUUCACGUAUGAUGAGGACAUUCGACUUCUGAGACUUCACAAAGAGAUGGGCACAGUGUGGUCCAAAAUGGUCCCGUUCUUCAAAGGACGCACAGACGGCAUGCUGCUGGCCCGGGUCAAGACGCUGAAGAGGUGGCAGCAGCAGCGGGAGUGGUUCGACAGCCAGCCGACCCGGAUCUGAUCCCCCCGCGUCCAGCCAUCCACCUGAACCUCUCAUCGCGCGCGUCCUUGAACCGCGGCGUCCACAGCUACAGCGCCUGGCUCAACAAGCUGCGUCUGCACCAACAGCUCUCCGACAACAUGCAGCGGCUCAUGGAGAAACAUCGGCUGGCGCAGAUAGACAAGUCCAAGAAGAGGUCAACGGUCCCGGCCCGCCUGGAGAAGGAGGUGGUGGAGGAGGUGAUGGAGCAGAGUGUGCAGGAGACGCUCAAAGAGAAGGACAGACCCAAGGUCUCCAUUCCCAAGAGGCACCAGAAGGAGCUGCAGUCAGCGCUCAACAAGGUUUUCCUGGGGGACAACAAAGUCAGCGUACAGGAACUGUUGGACGCUUCCUCCCUGAAGAGACGUAAGCCGGUGCAUGACAACAACUCGACGGUGUCCUCCCAGCUGAAGGUGGUCCUGCGCCGGAGAACGGCCGUCUUCACCAAAGGUGGCCGGGCCAGGAGAUUUUUUGACAAGGAGACUCGGUCCCCGGAGGUGAUUGAAGAAGAGGUGGCCCAGCUUGAGCACUCGGUGCCAGCCAUGUUGAUCAAGAGUCUGGGCAGUGAUCGAGCCUACUUGCGCGACAUGGUACGCUCCCAGCUUUUGACUGCCGAGGAAGAUUACGCGUCGUUGUUAAACCCUGAACAGGAUCCAGAUUACAAACAAAAGCUGCAGGAGUUGAAGAAGUUGGAGGCGAACGUUCAGGCUGGGAAGAUGGCGGAAAAGACGAGGACCCAAAAGUUGAGCCUGCUGUCACAGAAGGUCCGACAGUUGAAGCGAGCACUCACGGAAUGGUGUACCAUAGCCAGGAGGGACUCGGAGACAAAAGUCUGUGCACUCAAGGAGGAUGGCGACUAUCUGGAUUCGCUGUUUGACAACAACGACGACGGCCCAGAAGGGAAUGGUGAGAGGCGGCCGGGUUCGGGCGUGUCUGAGGGAGUUGCCAGCGCUGAAGGUCACAGCUCGGGUGUCAAAGGUCAUGGUUCGGGUGUCAGUUCCAAGUCUAGCAGUGUGGAGAAGCAGCGUUUUUCACGUGAGGUGGGGAUCGGUGAAAAGGCGGCUAUUGUUGAAAAGCUGCUUUCGGAUGGUGGAAGUGAGACACGAGAUCGGUCUGACGUUCUGGGUGCGGAUUCAACUUUGGAAAAUGUGUCAUCGGAUCAGAUUGCGGACGGUGGCGAGAAAUGCUGUUCGGAUACUUCUAGCAUGGAAACCUCUAGCUUGGAUACCUCUAGUACUGAUACGUCUAAACCCUCCCCUUCCCAGACACAGGGCAGAGAGACUCGUCAUGAAGUUUCUGCGGAAACAGGUCAUUUGAUCGGCACACAGGACAAAACUACAGAGGAACAUGUCGCUGACGGCGGUGAAGCAAUUGAGAACAAGGAGCUGUUGGCACCAGAAGUCGCUGCUGGUAAAAGCCAAGCGUCAUCGCAUGCAGCCGCGCACAGCUCAAGACAAUUGGCGGCGGCUGAAGGUUGUGCGGUUGUAACUCCACCGCAGGGACAUAGUUCUAAAGAUGGAGGACUCUGUCCUAAAGAUGGAGGACUCGGUCCUAAAGAUGGAGGACUCGGUCCUAAAGAUGGAGGACACAGUUCUAAAGAUGGAGGACAUAGUUCUAAAGACGGAGGACAUAGUUCUAAAGAUGGAGAACUUGGUCGUAAAGAUGGAGGAAACGGUUCUGAAGUGCUGUCUCACAGCAGAAGUCCAAUCAGAAAGAGGAAGGGCAAGGAGAAGAAGUUGUUGCCCCCGGCCAAGCGAGUGAGAAGUCAGAGGGAGAUAGACGCUGACCGCCAGAGUCUGGUCAGGAGGGAGAAGAAGAUAGUGAGCUGUCUGCCCAACUUACCACCGUGCAGCGCUACAAUGAGGGCCCUGAAGACUUUGCUCAUGGUGCGACGCUCCCUGGUGCUCAAGGCCGGCCCCCUGUAUCGACCACAGGACUACGCUGCUGCCAGGUCGAGGGAGGCUACCGUCCAUCUCAUCACCGAGUCCCAGGAGAGGGUACCCGGGGAAAAUGACGAGGAGAAGAUGGACACUAAAGGAAAUGUGCGUCGUGAUUCGGCAGACAUGGAACGGUUGCCGCAAUCAACAAACGACGUGGAUUUGUGCGAGCAGGCCAAACAGUAUAAGGGGUUUGUGAGCCGCUCCAUCCUCAACUUUCAGGAAGCGACGAAACCAGAACGAGCCAACGAGAAGCACUUGUCGAUUUUGAGUGAUUUUGACAUCCUGGGAAAUGAGCCGAUAAAAAAACGACAAAGACAUAACUCGGAGCUUGAUGAAAAUCAACAAUUUAAUCGCCCUGUGCCGUCUAUCUGCUCAACUGAUUUGAGUAACGUAGAGGUGAUGCCCCCUCAGUCGACCUGCCGCAGUGACUACAAGGUGGUCUUGGGCUACUCGUCGAGAGCUGGCGUAGAGAGAAAAGAGAGAGAGCUUCGCCAGCCAAAGAUCAUGCACACCAAACCUCAGCGGGUCGUUCAGGAAUCCGAUACGUCUGGAGAACCGCAGGAGGAAGUGGUCAUUGUGGAAGGCACAGGGGCCAGAAACACGUUCCUCAAGCUGGAACCCGAGGCGGAGGAUAGAUCGUCGGGCAGUGAGGGGAGAGAUGGAAAUCCACAGAACCAGGAAGUAACUCGGACAGCGACAGAGACGACUUGUGAGGUGGGAACUAACUCACAGCCAUGUGAAACGUUCACCGCUGUGGCAUCGAGUCAAUGGGGGAAAAGUUGUGAGCGGGGCAGGGAGAACUUGGCGGAAUUGUGCGGUCCUGCUGGUGACACGGGGGUCGAUGCAGCUCGGGUCGUGCAAAGUCAAGAGGUCGCAGGGGUCAGUGGCCAGGGCUGUGUGGCAACUGGAGAUGGGUCGGAGGACAGGUCUGGCUGGAAGCCUGCCACCAACAUGUGGGGAGGGAGAGCAGUACCAGUGGGGACUCUGCUGAGCACUCGGGACUUGCGGCCGCAGGAGCUGUCCAAAGUGACGCUGGUGGGCGUGGACGCCAAGGAGAAGAGCGUCAUCCACUUCCGGGCGGACCGGGACGUGUUCAAGCCUUACGAGGAGUGUCCCCUGUCGUACGUGGAAAACCCGGCGGAUCGUGGGGCCGGCAGCUCCCGGGUGAAGCAGGUGAGGCAGGCGAGUGGUGUGAAGUACAUGAAGGCCCUGAGGGAGACGGAGGAGUACAGGCUCCUGUUUGCCAGGUUCAAGGCGCUGUUCGUGUGGCCGGGCCUGUUGUCCACCAUGCAGCCCCCGUCCAUCCCACAGCCCCCGGGCCCCGGGAUACGCCGGUUCACAGCUGUUGGGCUCAAGGAGAGGAGGACGUAUCCCUACCUGAAACACCUUUCCCGGGUUCAGAGAAAGCAUUUGAAGGGCGUGGCCGUCCUGAAGGAGAGGAGAACUCUGGGGCUGGAGGAAAAGAAGAGUAAGAAAGGAAGAAAACCGUCUGCCCCCAGUGACUCGAGGUCGAGGGAACUCCGAGGUGGAGAACAGCAGCAGCAAGAACAACAGCAACAAGAGGAUAAUGCUGAACCAGGGCCGUCCACCUCCCAAGAGGGGACAGAAGCUGCUAGCGCGGGGCAGAAGAUGGGGAGGAAGAGAGGCGCCACCAACUUCAAACACUACAUUCGCGUGGAACCAUGCAGACGCAGCUCUCGGAUUACCCAGAAGCAACAGACUUUGUUGGAGACCUUGACCGCUGCAGGAGAGAAGCAACAAGAGGAGGAGGAGAAGGAGAAAGAGGCAGCGGGAGAAGAGGAGAAAAGGAAGGGGAAAGAGGAGAAAAAGAAGGGAAAGGAGGAGAAAGAGAAGGGGAAAGAAGAGAAAAAGAAAGGGAAAGAGGAAUCGUCGCAGCCGGGUGCGCCUCCCAAGUGGUGGAAGGAGGCCGUUCUGGCCGCGAUGGUGUCGAAGAAAGCGCUGGAGGACGAGGGCGGGGCGGACAACGAGGUGCCCAUCUCAGACGAUGCCGAUUUCCAGGACAAGGGGAACUACUCCGACGAUGACUAGAGUGAGGAACUGAGUUUGCUGGGUUUAUCGAAGAGAUAAACCUCUUGAGAGUGCAAGAACAGGGAGGAGGGCGGGAAAUCUGCCUUGGCUCUCUUUGUGAUUUGUCGGGGGCGUACUGAUUACUUGAUCCUGGGAACAACAUCAUAGCACUUCGGACAUUGCCGUACGUGCUCCGCUCCCCACUCCAAUAUCCACCUCAGAGUCCAUCAGCUGAUCGUUUCGGUGUUCAUUUGGUUAAUAACCUGUCCUGAAGAGCCUCUGUAUACUUCCACCCACCAGGGCAGUGCUACUGACUGAAGCUGUCUUUGGGCUAUUCCUAAAGGGGGGGAUAUUAAUAUGUUC